UAAACAUAUUUUUAAUAAAUACUAAGUUAUUUAUUAGACACUUGAUCGAUUAUGGACAUUUCAAGACUAUGCCGUAGUUGUAUGCGAGAAGUGGCGACGUGGGAAAAAGAUAAUUUUAAUGAUAAUGCAGUAGAAAUGUUUUGCUUUAGUACAAAUAUUAAGAUUUCAGAAAAUGAAAAGCUACCAAGACAGUUUUGUUAUGAUUGUGUUAUAAAAAUAGAGUCAUGCUACACAUUUAUAAAGGAAGCUCAGAAUGUAAAUAUUACACUCAAAAACAUUGCUUCUAGAAGUGAAACAAGCAUUAUUAUUGAACCUGACACAUUUAAAAGCAUGGAACCAGAGACUAAUAAACUGCGAUUAACUUUACCCGAAUACAAACUAUCCAUUGGCAUAACUAAUUUUAACAAUUUAAACAAUUUUGAUAAAACUGCUUGUAAUUUGAGCAACUUAAGAGAUAUAUCGACAAAUAUUGUUCCGACUGUCACCACAAAUUGUAAGCCACAUAAAUGUUCUAUAAUGUCCAAUGAAGUUUCUAAUAAAGAUGAUAACAAUUCUAAAAUGAGUAAGGACAUUGAAAAUGUAUACUCAAAAGUAUUGGAUGAGACAAAAAGGAUUAUUUGUCCAGCUUGCAGAAAAUCUUUUGUGUCUCAAAAGUGGUUUACUAAGCAUAUGGAGAAGGAGCAUUCGGGGCACAAAUAUACCUGUGAUCAUUGCCCAAAGUCAUUUUCCAAACCGUAUCAACUAGCAUAUCAUGCAACAUCACACUCAGAAGAGAGAAAGUUUGUUUGCAAUACAUGCGGAAAGAGAUUCAAACAUCACAAACAGUUGACUAUACACAAUAGAGGACAUUCAGACGUCAGACCCUUUGCUUGCGACAAAUGUUCCAUGAGGUUCAAAAAUAAAAGUGUACUGAAAUGUCACAUGAAAGUUCACGAGGAGAUCAAGCAAUACCUAUGUUCAUAUUGCGGUUGGGGAUUUUCUCAAGCUCACAACUUGGAGGUGCACCUCCGCACGCACACGGGCGCCAAGCCGCACGCGUGCUCGCAGUGCAGCUUCCGCUCGGCCGCCGCGUCGUCGCUGCGGCGCCACCUGCGGCGCCACAGCGGGGCGCGCCCGCACGUCUGCGCGCACUGCCGGAAGGCCUUCCACGACGCCAGCGGACUGACGCGCCACACGCGCACGCACACGGGCGAGCUGCCGUACAAGUGCCCGGGCUGCGCGCGCACGUUCGCCGACAGCUGGAAGCGCAAGACGCACCUCAUGCGCGCGCACCGCCUGGCGCUGCACGACAUCCCGCGCAUGCGCACCGACGGCACGUGCGCGUGAACCGAGCGGGCCGUCGGCUGCCGGCACUACGGAGUGUGCUUUGAAGAGUACUUCGUCAAUAUAUCGGCCGUAUUGUUUGUUAUUGCAGCAAACCACGUUGGUUACAUUUAGUCCACGAAAGCUGGCUUUGUGUUACAAAACAAAGAAUCCUUUUAAAUAAUUUUGCAAUUUGAAAAUGUUAGGAGCUGCAAGUCUCAAUUCAAAUGUUUCGCCUUGUAAAUGCGUUUUUGCAAAUAAAUUUGGCGUCCUGAUGGCGGCAUAGUUUUUAUUUCCUAAGUUAAAUUUAUUUCUCAACGACUAACAUUUUUCAGUACAUUCAUUAUGUGAGAUUAUGUACAAAUAGCUUGUUUUAAAUUAAAGUAAACAUAUUCAAAUUGAAAAAUAAGCCUUGAAAUAGUUGUUUAGCGGGUGAUUAUUUAAUGUGUCUUCUUCUUUCGGAUGUCAAAUCAACAAUGACAGAAAGAGCCAAGCGGGGCUUAACACGUAGACAGAGAAACUAAUAGACCAAGGGACCGUGAAGCCGCGAUUGAGACAGAGAUAGUUUGUCAAUGUGUGCGUAUAAUGUUGCCAUAGUAACUGCAUUCCCUGUUUUAGGAGAUUAAUAAUUUCCAGGAUUUAAUUAAAACAGAAUGAGGUUAUUAAAUUUAACUUUUAUUCAUUAUACAUUUCUUUAAUAAAAAUAUUUUUUUGUUUUCCAACUACACCCAAAGACCGUUGCAUUGUUUGUUUUUGUUUCUGUUUUCAAUAGUACUUGAGUAUUAUUAAAUGGUACUGGAUUAGCAUUCUCCUCAGAUGUUAAAAUCUAAAACACUCAAUUAAAUUAUUACUAAAGAAUGGUUGCCACAUAUAUUUCUAUGUUAACCUCUUGACUCGGAAUGUAAUAAUAUUAUAAAUUCAUGAAGAAUGUUAAAUAAUGUUGUCAUUAGGAAAUUAUAAAUAGGAGAACGAAUGAAUUAAAAUAACAUAUUUAUAUAUAACGAAGCACUUUUUAUUUUUGUUAUUACAUUAUCGACAAUGUAAACAACAUUGUCGAUAAGUCGAUAUUUUUUAUCGAAAGUCGUGACACUUUUUUAGCUGACGCUGGCAGCACUGACAUGAUAAAUAAUUAUAGGUUAUCCUUUAGGAUUUUAAUGCAAUAUACGAUUUCGUCAUGCUAUGGCAUAUAUAAACAUCACUGAGAAACUAUAUUUAGGGACAAAACCGUCGUACUUACGCGUGAAAACAAACGCCGACAAUUUUCUUCUUGCUAUCGCUUUAACAUAAAAUAAUACGACAAUGCACCAUUGAUAUGAUAUAAGGAUUGUUUUUCUGUCUUUUCACUGGAUUAGAAUCGUUUUCUAACAUAAAAAUAAGCAAAAAUUGAACAAUAAACAUAAUGAACGCACCAACUGUUAAAUUAGUCAAGUAUCAGACGAGCCAAAUUGUAUUUAAAAAAAUUUAUAAAAUAACUAAGGAGUGAAUUAAACACAUCUGAACAGAUUUGGAUGCUCAGUUUAAUUAAUUAUUGAAAUACAUGUACGAUGAAUGUAUUUGCUUAGUUAUGUUUUCCAGUAGUCCAACGACAAAAUACAACGAUGCAUUUUUAGGUUUUUAUUGUAAAUGUCCUUCGUGGUACUGGUUGCAUAACUAGUUUCUUAGUGUUUCUUAGUGAAAAGUGGUUACGUGAUAAGGAACAAAAGAUUUGAUAAUUAUAUCUCUAUUUAUACCAUUUGUAAUGUAAUUUUCGUUCUCUUUCUUGUCUAAGCGAGAAGGAAAUCGUCAAUGCAUCUAUUAGUUUCUCUGUCUACGGUUUAACAGAACAGUUGCAAAGCAACGUUCAUAAUAAAGGUCGAUAAUUUUUAAUUAUUUGUCAUACGAAAGUAUUCUUAUA